AUGAGCAUGAUUGUGCGGAAAAGCGCUGGAAAAGCAAUGCCAAACGCACUAAGCACUAAUGUAAUCAACAUGGAUUUUCUUGUACCAGGUUUUUGUUAGCUGAUGUUCUAUACUACAAGUUGUCUAAAUGGGUGCUGGAGACUGGUUCAGAUCAUUAUUUUGCCUAAAGAAAGUGAAGAAUGGCCGAUCCAAACAAGUAAAGCAGCAUGACAAUGGUGGCAAUCCUGAACACAUAGCUGCUAUUAGGAUUCAGACAGCUUUCCGAGCAUACAUGGCAAAGAGGGCAUCUAGGAGAUUGAAGGCUCUGAGAAGGUUCAAUGUGUUGAUCCAAAGGCAUCCAAUUGAGAAGCAAACAUCUUCAACUUUAAGCCACUUGCAUUCAUGGUACAAUAUUCAGUCCCAGAUCAGAGCUCGCCGGCUGUGUAUGGUCACAGAAGGCUGGACUACGCAAAGGAAAUUGACAAAUCAAAUGAAACUGGGGACUAAGCCUAAUGGGCUGGAGGGGGAAUGGCGAGGCGGCUCUGAAACCAUGGAGCAAAGUCUUUCUAGGAUUCAACAGAGGGAAGAAGCAACUGUGAAGCGCGAGAGAGCCAUGGCUUAUGCCUUCUCUCAUCAGUGGAGGGCAAAUGCAAGCCAAUAUCUGGGGCAAGCCUCCUUUGGUGUGGGAAGAGAAAAUUGGGGAUGGAGUUGGAAGGAAAGAUGGAUAUCGGCUCGGCCAUGGGAGGUCAGGGUUCCAUCUCAGGGCAGCCACCCGAAGAAGGUUAAUGAAAAGCAGGGAAGAGAGCUAGAGAAAACAGUUAAAUCUCCUUUGUCGAAUGGGAAGGUUGCUGUUCCUAAACCCAAAAAGGUUGCCCCAUCUGAUGGAGUGAAGCCUUAAGGAUGUCCAAGAAAGCUUUUUUCCCAUUUUAUAAUUUUUAAGGAUUUGAAACUUUAGAGAAAAAAAAAAAUCUAAGAUGUCAUAACAUUUAAAAUAAUAAGAUAUUCAACUACAACAAUUAAAUAUAUGAAAUAUAAUAUAAACCUUAAUUUUAU